CUCUCGCAUUCGCACCUGCACCUCGCAACAACACACACUCGUUCUCAUUCUCUGCAUCACAUUGCGCGGCACCGUCUCGCCCCGACAAGGACGCCACUGAAUUUUGGUUUCAUCGUGCCGUUCCUCGUUGCCGUGCCGACGACUAGUUGCCAGGAGCCGACUGCGCACCAACUGCACCAGUGACGCCGCGACGCCGCAACACGGCCACUUUUAACACUGCUUCUGUUGCUUCAUCACACCUUGCACAUCUCUCUCUUGCAGCAGCACCAGUAGCCAGCAUCGAGCAGCAGCCCAGAAGCAGCUGUGACCCUCGCCCCGACCCCCUCUCCCAUCACCCACACUCCCUCUCUAUGCGCACACAUUAAUACCCGACCGACACUCGGACACUCACCAUCACAACAACAACAUUCCCCAUGCUCCUCCACCUCGCCGUCCUGGCACUCGGCCUGCCGCUCGCGCAGGCCGACGCGGCGUCCGUCGACGCUGCCGAGCUGCGCGCAUUCGCGGCCGGCCAUGCACCGGCACGCCGCGCCGUACCAGAGGGAUACCUCCCCCGUCCGCGGUCCAACCACAUGCAGCGCCGCGACGCAGCGCCUGUGCCUGGUGUCGGCGUCAGUGCCUUCGAGCUCCACGUGCGUGAGCACGUCGCCGCCGCCGACGAGCCCCAUGCCAAGCGCGCAGGCACCGCCGCGCUCAACGGCUCCAUCAUCGCGCUCGGCUCGGCCCAGUCCACGUACGUCGUUCCCAUCGCGUUUGGCAACCCUCCCGUUGCGUACCCCCUCCAGCUCGACACUGGCAGCUCGGACUUGCUCCUCGCCUCGACGCUGUGCGGGUCCAACUGCCCAUCGGCGGGUCAAGCCAACCCAUACUACGACGCAUCUCACCACUCGUCGUCGUUUGUGAGCGUCAACGGCAACGGCACGCGCUUCACGGCUCGCUUUGCAGACAGAACCGUCGCGUCUGGGUUCGCCGCCCGCGAACUUGUGGGAAUCGGGCACACCACUAUCGACGGACAGGUGUUUGGCCUGGUCAACUCGACAAACCUCACGCUCUCGUCACAGCAAAUCUCGGGCAUGAUUGGCUUCGGGUUCCCCCGCCUGUCGCUUCUUGCGCGCAGCCUCCUGACUCCCGUCGUGCCCAGUGCUGCGAGCACCGUGUCGUCCACUUCUUCGGCUUCUGUGGCUGCUGCGCCCUCCUCCGGGUCAGUCUCCGCCAGUGCAAGCGCAAGCGCAGCAGCACCAACAGGCCCACCGGCUGCGGCGCACCAGGCCUACCUCCCUACCCUUCUCGAGUCACUCGUGACCAUCCCAGAGAUCCAGUACCCGGUCUUUGCGCUCGGCCUGUCACCGCCCCCGCGGAAUCUGUCUGCCAAUGCCACGUCUGGCACGUUACAGUCUGUCUCGCCGGUAACGCUCGCACGGUACCAGCUCGACACUGGCUCACUUACCAUUGGCGGCGUGUCGGAGGAGUACGUCUCUGAGAACACUACCACUGGCCGUACCCUCGCCGACAUUGAGUGGUGGCCGGUUGUGCCGUUUGGGCCAGCUUUACCCGUGGCCACGGCGUCUCUCGCGACGACCGCAACGAACACGGGUACAGACACGUCCACCGACACGGCCACGGACGUGGUGCCCGCUGAACCCGUCACCGCACCCGCUCUGGUCUCGACCUCGGACGCGCCCGCGCCUAGUGCCAACGGCGUACCGAACUCACUGAGCCAGCUUGAGGACGAGCAGUAUCUCUACUGGACAGUCGCGCUUACUGGCCUGCAGCUUAACGGCACGGCUGUUGGCCUCAACUCGAGCUACGCGUCCAUUGGUGUCCCAUCUCUUGCUCUCCUUGACAUCGGCACGAACGGCAUCUACGGCCCGCAGCAGGAUGUUGUGAGCCUCUUCUCCAAGAUUCCCGACGCCCGCCAGGUCGCCGCUGGUCAGUGGGCUGUGCCUUGCAAUACCAAGGCCACCCUUGGCUUCUCUUUUGGCGGCCGCUAUGUCCAGCUGCAGCCGGACGACUGGAUCUACGCUGCGGUCUCUGGCAGCUCAAUGUGUCUGGCGUGGCCUGUUGUUGCCCCGGCCACGGGUGACGGCAUCGACUGGCAGCUGGGCACACCGUUCCUCAAGAACGUGUACACCGUCUUCAGCUAUGGCAUUAACGGCGUGCAGCCUCCGCAGGUUGGCUUCCUCCCCAUCCGCGACGCUCCGGCCCCACCGCCACCAGCCACGGGCACAGCGUCUGCCGCACCGGCCGUGUCAACGUUUGACCUGGCCGCCCCGACAGUGACGAUCAACACGGUGCUCCCCAACGCGCUGCUGCCCAACCCAAGCCACUCGACGCCGUCGUACAUCUUCGCCUCUGCCGUCCCGACUGGCGCACAGCAGGCAAUCGGCCUGGGCAACAGCUCGGCGUUCGCCGUCAGUGCCGUCCCCAUCAUCUCGCUCCCUCGCAACACGAGUGCGACCGAGUCUGCUAAACCCCCCGGCUGGCCCGGAGGAUCCGCCGACCACACGAGCGCGGCGGGUGCCCUUGACCCCAAAGCCGGCUCGUUUUUGGCCCUCGUCCUAAUGACAUUUGCGCUGUGGUAGAUGGCGUUGUCGUAGAGAGUCCCAAGUAUCCCCUCCCCUCCCCCCCGAACAUUAAUCACCCUGUAUUUAUUCUGUCGCACCCUACCUGCCGACAGUUGUCAUUUGUAUGACCACCCAUCUCCCGCGACGAAACUGCAUAGGAAAGAAUAAAGAGCAUGAUGCAUCAUCAGUUGGAC